GAGUUUCGUUCCACCUACGUUUGCGAAAUGUACCAUCGCUGUUUGUGAUACGGUUAGGGGGUGCCCAGGUUAGGUGCGAGGUGGAGAGGCCUGCAUCUGUACAGACAAUUGACAAAGAACUGCACGAUUGCUACUGCAUAACCAACUGCACGCCACGUACCACGUAAACCUUAAACCCCAGUCGCAGUUGCAGGAGGGUGGCAGUCUCCUUCUAGAAUCGUUCGCGGUUGUUCGUGUUGUCGACGUGAGCUCUACUCUAUCUAUCCAUUCAGGAAAAGCGAGAAGCAAAAGCUUCACAAAGGCUCGAGAAAACGAUCACUUCUGCUCUGCUGCAGAACUCCUCGCCUUGCCAGUGGCAUUCCCCGAGAGCUGACCUGCAAUCAUGGAGAAGAUGUUCGGGCCCGCGUACCAGGGCGACCCUGGUGUGCCCCAUUCGGAUAAGGAGGGAUUUGCCACCAUAUUUUGGGGUGCAAUAACCUUCUCUGCCUACUCCAUGGUGUGUCCUUACUACUGGGAGCAAGGCGGCAACUACUGGAACUGGCACGACUGGGCCAUGGUCGCUGAGAAUCAUCAGAUGAAGCGUGCGAUAAGGAAGAAGAAGCCUUACAAACCGAAGUGGAACGAGUUUAUGAACAAAGAAAAUCGGGAGUCUUAUUAUCACAACUGGGCCGAUUAUUUCCCCUAGUCUUAGAUCUUGCGGUUAUUAUUACAGGCUAUCACCCCAAAUGGGGAACAAAAUGAACCAAUAUUGGUAUUGCUCAAGAAUUAUGAAACGGUGUAAGUUUAUUUCUUGGAGUAAAGUAUCUUUUUUAAAAGAACAUCUUCGCACAACCUCUUAUCAGGAGUGAGUUCCACCGUAGCACUCGAGCUAGUCGAAUUUCGAUCUAGACAUGAUAAAUUUGUAAGUCAAGAAG